GAUUAUGGAAGUCUGUGUUUAGUGUGUUUACUGUUUAAUGUUUGAUUUUGAAAAUCAUAAAAGAUAACGAAUUUUCUACAGUGUGAGUGUGGUUUGUUUAUGAACUGUAGCUUGUUUAUGACCAGGAUUAAUUUGCAUUUAGUUAUCCCAUUCUAAAGAAUAAUAGCAGUAGUAGGGUCCUGCGUAGGGUCCUCAAAUUGGAUUCUUGCAGUGAACGUCAGGGUGCUCAUCGAGCAGCCAAAAGCGCUGCCUGCCAUUUUCAGGUAUUCAAAUCCAAAGAGGAAAGAUGUUUCGGAGAUCUAAUAGUAGUUCUCACAUACCUCUACGUACUAAUUUAUUUGGCAACCGGGAAUCUGGAAUUCCGGGACCCAGUGGACAAGCCAGUGGAGGCGCAUUGAGAAGGACACAAUCUUCUUCCAGGCUGAGCCAAAAUGAAAUCACUGCAAACAGAAAGCCCCAGCGCAAAUCAUCUUUGGAUAGAAAAUCCAAUAUAGGAAGAUUGUCCAAGGUGACACCAUUGAAUAAGCAAGGAAGGUCUAACAGCACACCUAGAAUCACUCCUGGGUCCAGUACUAUGAGCCAAAGGAGCUGUGGGUCGAGAUUAACACAGUCAUCAGUAUCCAAAGAAAGAAAAACAAUUCAGAAACUUGCCUCUGAUAAAAAGUGGGUUGCAGAACAGUUUGUGAAGGUACAAAAUUUCAUUCUUGGGAGUCAGCUCUUUGACAUAACCUCUUUUGAUUCUACAAAUAGCAUAAAGCCACCCAGUAUUAAGACUUUCAUCAAUGUAACCAGCGUAUUAUUCAAAUCUAUAUUCCCUAAUGUUAAUUUGAAGAAUGAAAAUUAUAAGGAAGUCAUCACAGAGAAACUAAGGAUAUUAAAAUACCCUGGGAAACUGGCAAACUCCACUUUAAUAACAGUGAACACAAUGGGCUCUUGGCCACAAGUAAUCGGCAUGUGGGGAUUCCUCAUCGAUAAAAUAAACUUAUCCAACCAGAAUGAUGGUAUAGGUGAAUACAGCAUGGUUGAAUAUUCCUACGUAGGAGAAGAAAGACAGAAAAGUUUGCUAGCGCAGACUUGCUGGAAUUUCGUCGUCGAGAGGCAUGCUCUUUUCAAUGCACACGACUUGGACGUGGAUGGCAUAGAGGCUGCGAACGCGGGGUACGUUCAACGGUUCACCGAAAUACUGGAUGUGGAUCCUCGAGAAUGUUCUGCCCUGAGAGCGGACCUGUCGGAAAAAGAGCAGUACAAGAACCGAUUGGAUGCGGAGGUCGAUGAAUUGUCGGCGGAAAAAGAGAGAUUGGAAUCUCAAAUAACUGAAAUCAAGAAAAGCAUUGAACGCUCCAACGAGACGAUUUCCAUCCAAGAAGCAGAAGUCGACGACGAAUUGAAUCGAUUGCAUAAAGCUCUAGAAAAGGCGACAAACAGAAAAGAGAAUAUCACAGUAAAAGUUGAAACCUUGAAGGAAGCUAUCAAAAUCCAACCUUGCACCCACAAAGAAAAAGUUGAAUUGUUGAGGAAAAUCGAAAAUUUGCAAAACAAAAUUGAGAUCAUUAAAGGGAAAAUCAAUCAUGCACAGAAUAUCAGAAAUGAGUUUGAUCAGAAGCUCCAUAAUGAAUUAACUAAGUUGCAAAACAAGGUAGUGGACUGGAAUAGAUCUCUUGUGGAAGUCUCUAUCAGAAAACCGAAUCUCAAAAAGCUGAUGCUGAGGGAAACUGGCUUUCACAUGUUCGAAUUCUUAAAUGAAAUCAAGGAGAUGGUAGAGCAAAAAAUAAUGAUAGAGAAUGAAGUUGUCGAGAACAUAGGUAAGAUGGAGGUGGAAUUGAAGGAGGCCUGCACAAAAAAGAAGAGCUUGGAAGUAGAAAUCAGUAAUUUGGAAAGUCAGUUGGAUCAGCUCAAUAAAGAUAUCCGAGAAAAGACUGAAAAUAAAAAUAUUGUGGAUGAGGAAAUUGAAAAGGUACAAAUUGAAUGGGAACAAGAGGAGAAGACCUACAUGCAGGAAAUUAACGAUCCACAAAUGGUUGAAUUCAUUGAAUUGAAGACUGCCGAAAUGUUGAAAUUGAAAUCGGAACUGAAGUCUCUGAAAAAAGAAAGUGUUGAACUGGGAGAGAAAAUCUUGUGCUUCUUCACUGAUUUAAAUAGACAAGUUGGGGAGAAUAUCCUGGAAAUGAGGAAUAUUAUGAAAAAUUUGGAGGCUAGAUUAGUACAGAAAGCAAGGCAAGCCUUAGAUGAACAAAAAAAUGAUAUACAGACGUUGCAGCGUCUAGGUGAUUUGAAAUAGUUAUACUAUUUAAUUUUCCCUUUUCUUGUCGCUCAGUAAGUGUUUGGUAAUCAUAUUUAUAUUUGUUAAAUAUUAUAUAGUAUUUUUCAUCC